UCAGCAAAUGUCUGCAUUGUCAAAUGCGAAGGCUGUCAAUUUGGAGAAGAAAGUAGUAAAGGUGUCUGUGCAAGCUGGAUCAAGAAAGAAAAUGUCGUAGGGGUGCUCCCAAGGCCAUACAGAGAAGGAGAUAAACGCAAAUUCCCAAUAAACGUAGAUAUGGUUUCUGGGGCAAGAAAAAAGAAAAGAAUAAGUAGUAUAGGUUCAAAAGAACAAAUUCUUA